AUGGCUUUUGUGGUGCCUACUGAGCAGGCCAUUUGGCCUGGAAAUGCCAAAUGGUACAUAAAUGAAGAUGCUCCUAUUGCUAGUGCCUCUUCAAGAGAAAGCAUUCAGAGGUACAGAGAAGCAACUGAAGGAGGUGCUGGAAAGUCAGCUUGUGAUAGAGAUCUUAAGGUCUUUGCUCGCACCAGUAGUCAUAAUUCGCUCACCGAAUCCAGUGUAGUUAAUGUUAAUGGUAAUGGCAUCAAAGUUAAUAGCACUUCAGCAUCUGGUGCAAACUCCACUCCACGAACUGGCACUGAGGAUCAACGACUUAUCCCAUACGCAAUGUUUAAUAUACCUAACUAUGGAAGAGUUUACGAUAAAUCUAAUAGCACUGACCCUCCUAGUGAAAAUGCUGAGCGUUUGGACCUCUUCGAAAGGGACUUCUUUCAUUUUCAGUGGAGACAACCUGAUGUUUAUUUGUCACCUCGCACGGUUGCCAUGUUUCUGGAAGAGCUUGACAGAUGUGGCAUGCUCAAUGAUUCUACACUCAGCCUCUUUGAUACACCUCGCAUGCAGCUCAAUGAGCAUCUCAGCCUAUCAGGAGUGAUGAUCCACGACACGGCCAUUACCAUUGAUGUGCUCAAGACCUUGACGAGACUUCGCUUCCUAGACUUCAGCGCUGUGACCACUAAUCAUGAUGUUAGGCACGAAGAGUGCAUCAAUGAGGUGCUGAUGAGCCCACACUUUGCUCCUGAUUUGGAGUUUAUUGACGUCUCUAAUAAAGUAAUGGUAUCGGAACAAGUCCUAUUCAGCUUCCUGUCAACCCAUCCUAACGUCAAGGGUGUGGCGCUCGUCAACGUGCCUGUGUGUCCUGACUUCUGUACUUCCGAGUGGCCUCAAGUGAAGUUCCUGACUGGCGUGCGCUGCAUUGGGAGCGACGAGUCUGUGCUAGACCUAGACCGUCUGACGGAGUGCAUGCAGCACUACAGGCGCCGGCAUAUCCUGGCGCAGCAGAUGCUAACCUUCGUCAGCGCUGCCACGCAUGAGUCCUCACCUUCCAAGCCUCAUCCUAAACUUGUUGCGAGCAUCUUGCAGUUCAUGGAAGACUUCCAGUCCCGGGAGUAUGACCAGACCCUGAGCAUCAUUUGUCUGUACAACCUCACCGUGGGGAGCCCUGGUGCUGCACUGCAUCCCAACCUUCAGCGCUCUGUGGUACAUGCGACCAUGCACGCCAUGACACUACACGGGGACAACCAUCAGCUCCAGAAGAUAGGACUUCUGCUGUGCUGGCACUCAGUUCUGCACAACGUGUCCUGCAACCAGUACUGGGUGGCGAUGAAGGCUCUGCACGCUCUGCACAGCUUCGCUGAUGAUGAGGUCGACCACAUGGCGGUCGGCAUCUGCUACACCCUUGCCGCCGAGCUCACCAAUGAGCAGACUGCUCAACUCGGGUCCAAUCCUGCCUUCAUGAACAAACUGCUGGUUCUAGUGAGAGGGAGAAUGCAAGACAACAACGCAGACAUCAUGCUGCAGUACACGCUCUCUGCACUCAUGAACCUUACGGACGAGUCGCCCGUGACGUGCGAGAUCUUCCUUAACCAGGAUGGCCUGCAGAUAUUCAUAAACCUCCUACUGACGUUCCCUGACAAGAGGUCCGUGGAGAUCACAGUGCUGAAGCUCUUUAAUAACGUCGCUGUGGUGCCAGAGCUGCGUAAGGAGCUCCUCAAGCCUCCCUUCAUCGCCAUGCUCAGGAGGCAGCUGCAGUCCGAGCACAUCGCGGUGAGCUACUUCGCUGCAGGCAUCUCCGCCUAUCUCCUUUGUGCUGAGCAGGCCGCUUGGCUGGCCGCCGAUGAUCUCCCAUACAAGGAAGUCCUGGCCGAGCUCGGCGACGUGCCUCUCCUGCCUCUGCUGCACGCGUCAGGCGCCCCCUACGUGCAGCUCUGGGCGCUGUGGGCGCUGCAUCACGUCACCUCUAAUGACAGCGACUAUUAUUGCCCCAUGCUCAUCCGGGAAGGCAUCCCUGAGCUGCUCCUGACCCAGCGCGACGACGCGCCCUCCAGCGCGCCUUUCCUGCGUGACUUCGCCCUCAAGCUGCUCGCCCUCGUCGCCGCCUACGAGAUGCGCGACGCAAAAACCCUAACUGGAAAAAACGCUCCGACUUUCAUACCGUGCAGCAGGAGUUAG